AAGAGUGGUGUGCAGUCUUCCGAUGGUAAGGUAGGUAUGGAGUGAGCAUUGGACGAGGUCCUGCGGAAGCCCAGCCAAGCGCUCUUUUGCUGCGUUGGAGGGGCACCACUUUUUAGUCCCGCAGCGCACUCCCCACGAUUCCACAACUACACAGCAGCUCGCACCUCCGUGGAACACACUUUCGAAUCUUCAGUAGUCACGCCUUGUUGCCCUCUCUGAGCACUAUACCGCGCCAACUUGUCUUGGUGUCAGAAGAUAAUCGCCCACCAUGGCUCGCAAGUUCUUCGUUGGCGGCAACUUCAAGAUGAACGGGACCAAGGAGUCCAUCAAGAGCAUCAUUGAGAACUUGAACAAGGCCAGCUUGGAUCCCAACGUCGAGGUCGUGAUCGCCCCCCCAGCGCUGUACCUCCAGCUCGCGCGGGACACGGUCGACAAGGCGUCCGGCGUCGAGGUGGCGGCGCAGAACGUCUACCACAAGCCCAACGGCGCCUACACGGGCGAGAUCAGCGUGGCCCAACUCAAGGACAGCGACAUCCACUGGACCAUCCUGGGCCACUCGGAGCGGCGGACGCUGCUGGGCGAGACGGACGAGCUGGUGGCGUCCAAGACCAAGGCCGCCGUCGAGGGCGGCGUCAGCGUCAUCUGGUGCUGCGGCGAGUCGCUCGAGGAGCGCGAGGCCGGCAACACGGUCGCGGUCGUCGAGCGCCAGCUGGCCGCCCUCGCCGCCAAGCUCUCGGCCGCCGACUGGAAGAAGAUCGUGAUCGCCUACGAGCCCAUCUGGGCCAUCGGCACCGGCAAGGUCGCCACCGUCCAGCAGGCCCAGGAGGUGCACGAGGCCAUCCGCAAGUGGCUCAGGACCCAGUUCGGCGACGCGGUCGCCGACGAGACCCGGAUCCUCUACGGUGGCAGCGUCAACGGCAAGAACUGCAAGGACCUUGCCAAGGAGAAGGACAUUGACGGUUUCCUGGUUGGCGGUGCCAGCCUGAAGCCCGAGUUCGUCGACAUCAUCAACUCCAACCAGUGAGCUUGCCCGCCGAAAGAGAAGCUACCACUAGCACAAUGCUUGUAGUGGGAAUUCUAGGACAACAAAAGCGGCUGAAAAUGGGGGUGUACUGGCGACGAGCUAGAGAAGAACCAAAGUUC